AUGUCACGCGCUGCGUCUCCCGUCGACGAUGCGGUGGAGCUGCUGCGCUCGCCUGCGCCCAACGAGGCUGCGCUGAUCGCCGACGAUGCGGUCGCUUCUGGUUGCUACCGCCGCGCAUCGCUCAGUCCGGCCGACUCGCUUCGCAGCGUCACCGCCACCUCGCCGCUCAGUUCACCUGCCGACGAGACCGAACCGCACAGAGGCGGACGCAGGAACCUCUUACGCUCGGGAACUAGUGGGUCUAUCACUCCUCUAUCCGCCACUAGCCCAGAUCCAUCCCCCAGUCCCACUGCUUCCAUGGACACACCUGCACCAACCCCCCAUGCUGCAGCUUCUGCGACCAACCGCCGUGCUACGGAGGCCUCGACAUCGUCGCGCACCGAUGCGCUCUUGGUCGUGGCAACGCCGGCGGAAGAGAUGUUUCGCUCGCCGUCGCAGCAGAGCGCCGCUUCGGACGCAGAUGGAUACUUUACCGCACGGCCAGGCUCCCCCUCCGAUGCAGCUGAUCUUUUCGCGCUCGCACGGACAAGGAGUGCGUUGAGGCGCGAGCGCGUCUCGUGGAGCGGGCGUUCAUACGCCACGUGCUCUUCCUCAAUCCACCCGGACCCCAUUGACGCCGACCUCGCAGCAGCAUCAGCAACGCUCACGCUCGACGAUGAGGCGUGCUACGUGGAUGCAGACCCGCUCUCGCCCACCGACAAGGCCGCACUCGCCCGUCGCGCUGGCGUCGACUUUCUCUCGCAUCUUCCGCCUGAGCUCGCGCUGUGCAUCCUAUUCAUGCUCGAUUCGCACGUGGAUCUGCUCGCUGCGGCGGGGGUGUCGAAGCGCUGGCGCGCGAUUGCGAUGGAUCAGGCCGUCUGGCGCAGCUUGUUCUUCAGCCGGCCGGGGUGGGCGAUUCGCGAAGAUGCACCCAUGGUGUUGCAGCACCAGGCGGAGCUCAAGCGGAUCGAGGCGCAUGCUAGACGCACCGCAGCGCGCGAAGAGGCAGAACGCCCACGCAGGCUACAGGAACAGCGCAAAGCCGCAUCGACGUCCAGCCCCUACCUCGACAGACUCGCCGCACUCAAGAGCUGGCGAGAGACACUGCACAUUCCGUCGUUCCCGCUGGCGGGCCUCAGCCUCGGCACCACCGAAGAAUCCAGCAGGAGGCGCGGCGAGGCGGUUUCGCCCAGCAGUGUGGCAGCACCUAUGAGUCCGUUGCGCUCGCCCACGGCCGCAACAGGAAGGUUUGGGCUGUUCCUUAGUCCCGCAAGGCCGGCGCCUUCGACUCCGGCGGGCGCAAGGCGCGCACAGGAAGCCGCUGCCAGCUCGUACUUUGCACACGAUGCGCCCAUGUCCCGCCAACCCAGCGCGAACUCCACUGCCGCGGGGACGGAUGCAAACAGCUCACGACGCCACUCGCUCGACUCGAACUUCGCCGAAGUCGCCGAGGCCGAGGAGUUCUUUGCGGCGUCGCUCAACUGGACGCGGCUGUAUCGCGAUCGGCACGUGCUGGAGCAGCGUUGGUUGCGCGGUCACGAGCCGUCGCGCACCGAUGCGACGGUCGACUCUACAGCGCGAGUCACAAAGAUGUUUGAGCCGAGUAAGCGGUUCCUGCGCGGCCACCAGGACUCGGUGUACUGCAUCCGCCAGGACGACGGCGUUGGCACAGGCACGGCCGGCAAGCUCGUCUCGGGCUCGAGAGACCGCACGAUCCGGGUGUGGGACGUCGAGAGCGGGGCGUGUAAGCAUGUGCUGCAGGGCCAUACGGCGUCAGUGCUGUCGCUGCAGUACGACGAUGCGAUCCUCGUGUCGGUCAGCUCGGACGCCCAGGUGUUCGUGUGGGACUUUGCAGCCAUCCUCGCCACGCCACCCGCACCCCCCACCACCGAGACGGAGGUCGAGGCGCUGGUGCACGACAAGCGCGAUCGGCUCCACUGCGUGCUGCGCGACCACACAUCCGCCGUGCUCGACGUCGUGUUUAGCACAGACUGGAUCGUGACCGGAUCGAAAGACACCACGGUGCGCGUAUGGCGUCGCUGCGAUGUAGUUGCGCACGAACAGGCGCCCGUGGCGUAUCGAAAGUUCUCGCACACGGGACCGGUGAAUGCGGUGGAUCUGCAGGGGAACCGUGUGGUGUCGGCGUCCGGAGAGGGUUCGAUGUUCCUGUGGGAUCUCGAGUCGGGCGACAAACUGCAUACGUUCAGCGGACAUACCAAGGGGCUGGCGUGCAUCGUGUUCAAGGGAACCACGCUCGUCAGUGGGUCGAACGACCAGACGAUCAGGGUGUGGGAUACGCUGAGUGGUGCGUGUACGCAUGUGCUCGGCGAACACCACAUGCUCGUUCGUACUGUUGCGUACUGUCCGAUCCGCAACCUCGUCGUCUCGGGCGGCUACGACCGCAUGAUCAAGCUCUGGCACAUUGGCCACCCAUCCUCCCGCUCUGAGCCAUCGAACGCCGACCACCCGCGAGAGGAGAUCUCGGCACAUGCUCAAGACGGCACGGAAGAUGCGCAAGAGGCAGAGCAGAGCGAGUCGCGGCCGAGUGCGGCGGCGCUGGGCACGUGUUUGAGAGACUUGCGAUGUCAUCGUGCGCGCAUCUUUGACGUCGACUUCAACACGACACGCAUCGUGUCGGCGAGCGAGGACCAUCUCAUCUGCAUCACGCAUUUUGGCGGCAAGGGCAUCGACGCCUCGCUCUUCGCGCGCAACAUGUCGAUGGACUCGCUUCCCUCGGAGCUGUCUCGAUCAGCUACGGUGUCCUGCUCGUCGGCGGGGGCUUCACCGCUGACGCCUUUGCAGCGUCAGGAGAUCGUUUCGGCCGCACAGACGUUCGUGCAGCGUGCAUUUGCCGCGCACGAUCCGUCGCACGACUUCCACCACAUCCACCGCGUGCGCCUGCUCGCACUCGCCCUCACGCGCUCACCCGAACUUCCCACCCUCGACAUGCUCGUCGUCGAGCUCGGGGCGCUGUUCCACGACCUGACCGACGCCAAGUACACCUCCUCCUCCUCCACGCCCUCUUCGGUGCUAGCUCCAUUCUGGUCAUCACUCCGCGUCCGUCCCAGCCCCGAGCAAAUUGCGCUGGUCGAAAAGAUCGUGGGCAACGUAUCGUGGAGCAAAGACGUUCGGCGUCGGGCGCAGGCGGUGGAGCAUCUGAGUGCCGCCGACCUGGCGCUGCGCGAGUGGCUAGAGUCGUGCAGAGAGUUCUGGUGUGUCUCGGACGCCGACCGUCUUGAUUCGAUCGGCAGUAUUGGGGUUAUGCGAUGUGCAGCGUACAGCGCCAAAUGCAAUCGUCCGCUGUAUGUGCCCCCCAACAAUGCGCAGAUGGACCCGAAACCCCCGGCGGAGCAGGCAGAGGGGUAUAACGGUUCCGCCAUCGCGCACUUUUACGAGAAACUGCUCAACAUCAAGGACGACCGACUCUACACCCAAGCAGCACGUAUCGAGGCAGAGCGAAGACAAACAGCGAUGAGGAGCUUUAUGCAGGAACUCGAUCUCGAGUGGAUGGUCGCGGCUCAGGGAGCCGAACUCGCCACGCUGGAACAGCAACAGCGCGACCAAGAGACCGCAUCACUAGAUUCGCAAUGA